AUGACGGCAACAAGAGUUUAUGAAAAUCGUAUUGUAGGAGUGAGUAUCGGCUUUGCAGCGGAACUAUUUCAUCCGGUGGAAAGUGAGCAAGACUUCGCCGGCGAGGCCUUGUUCUCCGAGGACUUUGAUGACGCACGUGACGGUGGCGGUGGUAACGUGAAGGCACUGUUUGAGGAAGUUCCAGAAGAGUUUGACUGCGUUGGCGCGGGCGAGGAGACAGGCCAGCUCGCGGCACGGAUCUCGGUGGGCCGCGGGGCCCAGGACGAGGAUAUUGUUGCAGAGCUUGUGGUGUUCGAGGUUGAGGUUGCGCUGCCGCAGCGGUGUGCGGUGGCGGAAGCCGCUCUGCCGGCCAAUGGAGCGAGGAGAUUGGAGGGUGUAGCAGGAGAUGGAGUGGAGAACCUCUGUGACGGCAUCGUUUGUCCAUGGCGGAGGUUUCGCAAGAAGAGUGGUUUUACAAUUUGCAGAAUGCUGUGCUCUGUGCUCACAGCAAGCUGCAGGGAAAUCAAAUGA